AUGUCUCGUCCACAAAACGUAGGAAUCAAGGGAAUCGAAAUCUAUUUCCCAAAAAGAUGCAUCUCUCAAGAUGAUUUGGAAGAUUUCGAUGGUGCAGCAAAAGGAAAAUAUACAAUCGGUUUCGGUCAAAAAUCAAUGGCAUGCACUGAUGAUCGUGAAGAUGUAAACUCUUUCGCUUUGACUGUCGUUUCGGGUUUGUUGGAAAAAUACCAAGUUGACCUUAAGAGCAUCGGUCGCUUGGAAGUCGGUACAGAAACUAUCAUCGAUAAGUCAAAAUCCGUCAAAUCUGUCUUGAUGGACUUGUUUGCCAAAUCUGGCAACACCGAUAUCGAAGGUCUGGACAACAAGAACGCAUGUUAUGGUGGAACGGCUGCCCUUUUCAACGCUGUCAACUGGAUCGAAUCAUCCUCUUGGGAUGGUCGUGAUGCAAUCGUUGUUGCCUGUGACAUUGCCAUUUACGCUGCUGGACCAGCAAGACCUGUCGGUGGUGCCGGUGCAAUCGCAUUGCUCAUCGGUCCUGAUGCUCCAAUCGCCUUUGAGCCUGUCCACGGAACCUACAUGGCCAACGAAUGGGACUUCUACAAGCCCGACUUGUCUUCUGAAUACCCCACAGUCGAUGGUCCACGUACAUUGAUCACCUAUUUGGGCUCUUUGGACAACUGCUACGAUGCCUAUCGCAGAAAGAGUUCCAAGUUUGCCUCAAAAGGAGAUGCUGCCGCUCACGUUAACGGAGAUGCAUUGUCAAAGGUUACAAUGAACGACUACGACUACACCAUGUUACACAGCCCUUACUCCAAAUUGGUCCAAAAAGGUUUCGGAAGAUUUUUCUACAACGACUUCUUGUCCAACCCACAAGCCGAACAAUACAAGGACAUUCCACAAGAAUGGACCAAAUUGGAACGUGUAGACACAAUCUACAACAAAGAAAUCGAAAAAGCAUUCGCAGGAUUUGCUAAAUCAGCCAUGCAAACCAAAUUGGAGCCUACAAUGGAAGUCGUUCGCAAUGUGGGUAACAUGUACACUGCUUCCCUUUAUGGUGGUUUGGCAUCUUUAUUGUCCAAUGUUUCUUCAGAAGAAUUACAAGGAAAACGUCUUUUGUUCUACUCUUUCGGUAGUGGUAGUGCUGCUUCGAUCUUUAGCGCUCGUGUUCGUGGAGAUGUUUCCAAUAUGGCCAAGCAACUCAAAUUGAAGGAACGCUUGGCAGCCCGUAGCGUUGUGCCUUGUCAAACAUACGUCGAAUGUCUCAAAACAAGAGAAAAUACCCAUAAUGCCGUCAAUUAUGAACCAAAAGGUCAAUUGUCCGAUUUGUUCGACGGUUCAUACUAUCUCGAAAAGGUUGACGGAACAUACCGUAGAACGUACGGCCGUACAGGAUCAGCAUAGAUCUUGCAAUUGGUGCAAAUCGUCCAAAAAAAUACUACUGAGCAUGCUUAGUCAUCACCUUGUGUACAAGUAUUCGUACUGUCUUUCCUUUCCAUAACUUUGUCAUUCGUUAAAGAUCAUUUCACUUUCUAUAUAGACUGCUAAAAUUCAUAUUUGUGCAAGUC